AACCGCAGCGCCGCGUCACCGAGUCACAACUAACGACCCGGCAGCAGCGGAGAGAUACUCUGUUUCCUUUGAAAAUAACGUGGUUCUGUGCGAUAAAAUCACCACACCUGGGAUGAAACGACAUAUGUAGUACGUUAUAUUAGAGAUGGUACUGAGAACUGCGCGGUAACACUUACGUUUGGGUGAUCCACGCAUCGUUAAAAUGCCUAUCCGAGCCUAUUGUACAAUCUGCUCGGAUUAUUUUGAUCACUGUCGGGAUGUUGCUGCCAUCCACUGCGGACACACCUUCCACUAUGAAUGUCUUCUCAGGUGGUUCCAGGCAGCUCCCACAAAAAGCUGUCCACAGUGUCGAAAACAGGUCAGCACCAGGCACAUUAUCAACAAGCUGUUCUUUGACAUUGGAGGAGAAGAGGACAGCUCAUCGGUGGACCCAGGGACUUUGCAGAAUGAGCUUGAUAGACUGAAAGUCCUUUUAAGCAGUAAAGAAAAAGACUUUCGAGAGAAGCAGAAGGUGGUGGACGGUUUGAAGGACACUGUGGACAGGCAGAAGAGAGACCUGGACUGUGUGCGGAAGCAGAUAGUUGAAAAGGAGAUGUUCUGUUCUGCUCUCAGAAAACAGAUGACAUAUCUGGAGACUCAGCAGAAUGAUACCCAGGCUGCCAAGGAGGAGGCCCGGAGACUCAAAGUCAAAUUGAAAACAUUUGAAAGCCUGGAUGUGUUGUUACAGGGUCAGAGAGACGAGGUGGAGUCCAUGAUCAAAGACAUGGGAGUUGGCCAGGCUGCUGUGGAGCAGCUUUCCAUUUACUGCAUCUCCCUCAAGAAAGAGUAUGAUAAUCUGAAAGGGAGCCUCAAGUCUUCAAAUGACAUGUGUGAGAAGCUAAAGAGGGAAGUGUUCGCCUCAAACAACAAGUUACAGAAAGCUACAACGGAGGUGAAUCGGACCAAAGACGACAUGAAGUCUUUGCAGAAUGAUCUGGCCAACGCUGAUAAAGAGAUCUCUAGUCUGAAGAAGAAAGUGGAGUUUCUUCAGAAGACUCUGAGCACACCAACACGGACAAACGAAGCUCUCAGUCGGCUAGUCUUUGAAAGCCCGGCCCCUGUGGAGCUGAGAGAGCCUCAUCUCCACCGCCCGGCAGACAGCGAGGACAUCGACCUCAACAUGACUUAUGAUAUCACCACGCCAGAUGGUGAGGCCAAGAGACAGGCUCAGGUUCCAUCCAAGAAAAUGCGUCUGGAGCCUACCAUGUCAUCGGUGUCCAAACACAAUGAACACGGCUCAUCAGGAAGCAAGGUUCGAGAUGAAGACGGACCCGUGGAUCCCUUCUUCAAGAACUCCCUUCUUUUCCGAAAGAAAACAUUUGGCAGCAUGUUGGAGCCACAGAGGAGUAAACCUGGUGCUGUGAGAACGGGUUAUGAUGGACUAGGAGGACGGACCAAAUUCUUCCAGCCUUCUCCAUUAGCAGAGAUUCGCCCGUUGAUGAAGGCUAAAAGGAAAAAGGUGAUGAGGCCUCCUCCCAAGAUCGCGACCUGCCUCACAUUGGACAGCUUUCUUGAGUAAAAAGGCUGAGAGGCUGCGUCGAAGGCCGGACUGCUCUGUGUGAAGUUGGCUGUACGUAUGGCUGUGACACGAGAAACCAGCCUGCCAGCGGGUCUGCCACAUCAAACACAACGAGACUUUCAAAACCUGUUUCAUUUCAUUUACAGUGUUUAUUGAAAGCAGGAAUUAACCACCUCCAUGAGAGUGAACCUUUAGGUUUAGGACCAGGUAAACUUAUGUGUGAUUGUUUUUGUGUGUUGAAUAUAAGUCAGCUUUUAUGGAAAUUCUAGUGUAAACCCUCAGCCUGUAACUAUUUCUUCUAGCUGAGGUAAUACCUAUCAGUGUGUGUAUGUGAGAGCAAGACAAACCGACUUAUUUCUUGACAAAUGGGGUAUCAGUGCACAGUUUUCUGUCCCCCGUUGUUUCCAUUACUACAUCAGGUAACAAAAGCUUUUAAUCCAGAAAUAAUCAGUUAUUUUUUGCACUUGUACAAUUGUUGAAUCUGUUUCAACAUUCAUGCUGGAGCAUAUUUUUCCUGAAACAGUCACCUGCAUGUAGAUAAAAUGUAGAUAUUUGUAUUUGUGACAGUCGUGCCAGAUUGAAAGCAUGUCCAAUAAACAAUAUUUUUAUUUUUUUUUUUAUUGCUUCACUCA